AUGGAAGAAGGGAGUGAGACGCUAAAUGGCCAGCGUCUUAUCGAGUUCCGCCUGGGUCAGGAAGCGGAGGCGGAGCAAGGGCUGACGGUGGCGGCAGCCGAGCUAAUGGUACGGGCCGAGGCGACUCCGAAAGCUCGCCGUCUACGUUAUACGCUCUGGGCGUUUACAGUUCACGGGAACGCGACCGUGGGCGAGCUCGCCGGCACUACGGACGCCGGGGGCGGUAGAGGCGGGCGGGGAUGGCAGCGCGUGGACGUGACGGGCGCGGCGCGGCGGUGGGCGGCGGCGGGCGCGCGCGGGCCGCUGCGCCUGCUGGUGGACUGCAGCGGCUGCGCGGGCCGCGUGCGGCUGCGGCUCGGCGGCGCGGCGGCGGCGCGCCCGCUGCUGCGCAUGCGCGUCGCCGCCCGCGCACCGCGCCGCCGCCGCGCGCUCGACUGCGACGCCGCCGCGCGCGGCCGCUGCUGCCGGCAGACCUACUACGUGAGCUUCCGCGCGCUCGGCUGGGACGACUGGAUCGUCGCUCCCGAGGGCUACUACGCUAAUUACUGCCGUGGCGCGUGCGAACCCUACCUCAAUUAUCACUCGCAGGUGGUGGAAGCGGCGCGGCUGGAGCGCGCCGCGUGCUGCGCGCCCGUGCGCUUCUCCGCGCUCUCGCUCAUCUACUUCGGUGCUGACUCGAACAUCAUCAAACGCGACCUGCCCGAGAUGGUGGUCGAGGAGUGCGACUGCCCGUAGCGGCUCUGUACAUAGCCUCCGCCGCGUCGCCCCGCCUCUCCCCCGCCGCUCACGCGGUACGCUUUCGCCGCUCGAAUCCGAUUUAAUCCGAAUCGAUUAUAAAUAAUAUUCUCGACUUGUGUAAUAUUUUGUUCCUCGCGUUCGAAAGACUAUAUCCUAAAAUCGAAUAACGAGACCGCCCGCGUUCGAUCCGCGUCGCGGGUGCGGUGCCGCUAAGACAUUUUGCGUUCCGGUGCGGCUCGUCACGCGCGCGGUACCGAGACCCGUCGCGCUCGACCCUGUGCCUCGUUCCGCGACCUGCCAAACCCUCGAGACGCGCGCGCGCCGCGCCGCUACCGCCGCACGACCGACCGCCGCACUCCGCCGGCGCACAUCGCACGUUGGCGGCCUAAUUAAUUAAAUAUGCAGUUUUUUUUCACCCCGUUUGGUGAUCGCUUGUAAUUAUUGUAAACUGUAUUAUAAUAAUUAUUAUAAUUAUAAUAAUAAAUCAACUUUUUCAUAAUUA